AUGGAAAAGAAGGGCUGCUUCACCGUUGACUAUUUGGUUAGUCAAGAGAGUAGUGAUGAGGUAGGCUGACUGGCAAUGUAAAAUAUUACAAAUUAAAAUUCCGUAGCCCAGCCUAACCUUAGCCUCAGCCCUAACCUUGCCCUAAUCCUAGCCCAUGCUUUACCCAUGAUCUAGCCCAUGCCCUAAUCGAUGUUCGUGCCUUGCCCAUGCCAUCAUAUUCAUGCCCUGCCCAUGUCCUUGCCCUACCUAUGCGCAUACCAACGCUUUACCUAUGUUUUACCCACGUCCUACCCAUGCUCAUGACAAUGCCCAUAGUCAUGCUCAUAUUCUAGACAUGCCACCCUUGCCCUACCUUACCAUGUUUUACCAUAACCCUAUCAUAAUUUUACUGUAGCUCAACUUUUACCAAUUUCUUCUGAUAUUUUUAUAUUGACGCGCCACUACUUUUGCAUCACGUUACUCUACUUCUAUUCGAAGUCUUGCUAUACUACCUACAAGUAUACUGCAGUAACUUCCAUAUUACUGUAAUACCCUCAACUUUACCGCAGUAAAUAACAAAUUACUGUAAAACUAACAAGUUUACCACAAUAACUUCCAUAUUACUGUACUUUCAGCAAGGCCCAAGUAUGGAAUUGAUGCAAAAGUUUUUCAAUCAACAAAUAACUCAAAGCCAGCCAUCUGCAAGCAACAUACCGGUCGAUACAGCUGUUACAGCUUGUUCUGAAUCUAAGAAACAGGUAAGAUCAAGACUAUUUUUGAAAAUUUUAUACCUAAAAUACCAUUGGUUUUGUCACAGUGAUAAUUUAAAAAGCGCGCCAUUCUUUUUGCCUCAAAUUUUUUAAAAGUUGUUUUAUUAGUGUAGAACUGCUAUAGCUUUAACUCUCGUUCCAGCCCUAGGCCUAACCAUAACCCUAGCCAUGCCUCUUUGACUUUUAUACCUAAAAUACCAAAAAUUAAAAAAAUUUUUUUUUAAAUUUCAAAAUUUCGGUCCAAAAACACAAAUUUUGUGCCGUUUCAGACAUCGUCUUCAUCGCCCCGUUCCACGAAACGACGCGUCCAAUGUGCCAAGUGUUUGAAGACGUUCUGUGACAAAGGGGCUUUGAAGAUUCAUAACAGUGCCGUCCAUUUGAGGGAGAUGCAUAAGUGUACGGUAAUCGGAUGCGAAAUGAUGUUUUCGUCCAGGAGGAGCAGGUAUGUUACUUUACUGUACUCUACCCUGCUCUACCCUACUUUACCCUACCGUACCACACCCUACUCUACUCUACCCUACCCUACUCUACGCUGCCCCCAUGCCCUGCCCUACCUUUACCUAAAUCUGCCUUACCCAUAUUCUACCCUACUCUAUCAUGCUCUACCCUUACCUACCCUAUCGUACUUUAUCCUUCUCUUCCCUACUCUAUCAUACCUCAAUCAUCCCUUCUUUACUCAACCUUAUUCUACCAUACCCUUCCCCCAAUGAAAAAUACCGUAGCACUCAACUACCUUUAACCUGUCCUACCUUAUCCGAUUCCUUUAACAUUACCUUAAUUUUACCCUGCCCUACUAUACCCUACAAUACCCCUACCCUACUCUACUCUACCUCACCCAAUAUCCAAAAAACCUCAAAACCCUUAUAAACCUGACAGUAUCUGUAAAACAAGUAAUUUCCGGUCGAUAAAUUUUCAGGAACCGCCACUCUGCCAAUCCCAACCCGAAGCUUCAUUCCGGCUCCACUUUGCACUCUCGACUUCCUUUGUUCCGUCGAGAUUCCCUGCCCAAUUUCCAAUUUCCGAAAAUCAUGCCAAUGUUUCAGCCAAAUCCGAAUCUGAUUCAAAUGCAGUUAGGGCUACUCAAUUUUAUACAGGUAAGGCUGGAUAUCGUAACUAUCUGUGGGCGGGUUAUUUUAUUACUUUUAAUGUAGAGAGUAGUAAGAAUAGAGUUGAGUUAAUCUAGGGUUGGGGACGGGUAUGGUCUAAAAAAGAGUAGCUUACGGCUAGGCAAUUAUAGAGAACAAAGGCUAGGGCCAGUGAAUCGCUGAGUAAGGUAAGACUAGAGUAGGGCUAAGGGAAGGGCUAUGCUAGUGUAGAAUCAGAGUUGCCCUAAAACUAGGGCUGGGGCUAUAAUAGGGAUAAAUUAGGGCUAGAAUAGGUUAGGGAUAGAGUAUGGCUAGGACAAAGCGGGCGUUAGGCUAGUGUAGGGCUAGGGCUAAACUAGGGGAAGGCUAAGGUUGGAUAAGAUAAGUCUAAACCUUCUUUAAGAUAUAUGUCCGAAUGUAACUCGUAUUUUACUUCAUUUCAAUAGUAAACUAAAAUUAUUCUAGAACCAGUACAAAGUGCCCAAUCAAAUGGUUGUCGAAAAGUCGAGCUGA